CAAAUGAGAAGGAUAAGAAUUUGAAAUUUUGAAUUGGAUUUUUUCUAAAUCUCUCAUGACAAUAAUAUUUUUCAUUGUUAUUUAAUAUAUGUAGCGAAUUGCUAUGUAUACGUACCCAAACAUUAUAAAUUAAUUAAUUGAUCAAUUACAUAUUGCUAAAAUACUCUAUCAAAUAUAGAUAAAGCGUAGAAAAAUGUGGCCACUCAUAUUCCGGUUUUUAAGAACAAAUGCGCCGUACAUUACGCUUCCUGUGGCGGCAGUGGUUGGACUAAUAGGUUAUAACUUAGAAAGCCUAUUAUCUGAUAGAUAUACUCCUUAUUCAAAGCCUGUGCAGGACCAAAGAAUGGAGCGAAUAGAUGAGGAAUUAUUAAAGGAUCCAACAAAUGUACAAAAAUUAAAAUACAAAGAGAAUGUAUUUGACAAAAAUGUACCACCGUCAUUGCAGAAAAAUUAGUCUGAAAUUUAUUGUUAGUUUAAUAAAUAUGUGUUGAGUUUA